AUCAGCUGGCUGAGGAGUCAUCAGGCAGAACUGCCAGGGAAGUUAUAAUGGCAAGUGGGCUUCGUUAUCCGGGGAAGGUGGUCAUAGUAACGGGGGCCACCAGGGGCAUUGGCGAAGGCAUCGUCAGAGAAUUUGUAUUCCAAGGAGCCAAAGUAGUUUUCUGUGCCCCAGAAUGUGAAGAAGAACAGGGGAGGGCGAUUGAGCAGGAACUGCAGGAUUGUGGGGCUGCUGGGGAAGCUCUCUUUCAGAUCUGCGAUGUUCGAUGCGAAAAAGCAAUUCAGAAUCUGGUUGCUGUGACCAUUGAACGUUAUGGAUGCCUUGACUGCCUGGUGAACAAUGUUGGCAUCCAUCCCCCUUACAAAACAAUCGAUGAUUUCACUGCAGAAGAUUUCCGCAAUAACAUGGAAGUCAAUGCUGUCAGCUACUUCUUAGCAUCUAAGUAUGCUCUUCCUUACCUCCGAAAAACAAAAGGGAAUAUCGUCAAUAUCUCCAGCAUUGUCAAUAUUAUUGGAGAUAAGCAAUCCGUAACCUAUGCUGCAACCAAGGGUGCUGUUACUGCGAUGACAAAAGCUUUGGCCAUCGAUGAGAGCAAGCAUUGUGUCCGAGUCAAUUGCAUCUCACCUGCCAAUAUCUGGACUCCAWUGUGGGMAARGCUUGCAAGCGAARCACCUGAUCCAGAAGCASYGAUCCARMAAGGMAAAGAUGCUCAGCUUUUGGGACGGAUGGGGAACCCUGCAGAGAUUGCCAAAGCCGUCCUGUACCUUGCUGCCGAUGCCACAUUCUGCACAGGAUUUGACCUUGUGCUUAGUGGUGGAGCUGAGCUUGGCUAUGGUCAUAAGAGCCCAUUUACUCCUGGUUGUGACUCUAAAAAGUAGUGGAGCCAACCAAGAUGGGAGGACUACAACAAGGGAUGAAACAAGCCAAAUAGUGCCUUGUCACGGAUGAGCAAACGUGUUUGCAUUGAUGUCCAGAAGACUUCAGAAUUUGAACUCAUGAUUGUCACACACCAGCACUGGAACAAAACCUGCUUUGAGAUGUGAAAAUCCGAUUUAACAAUUAAUUUAAUGGGAACAUAAUUCAGGAGUUUCUCCUGGAUGCAUGUGCAGUGUAGAAUAAACAGUUUGGCACCACUUUAACUGCCAUUGCUCAAUGCUACAGAGUGUUGUGAGUUGUAGUUUUUCAAGGUCUUUAACCUUCACUGCCAGAGGACUCGUGCCUCACUAAAGUACAACUCACAUGAUUGCAUAGCAUUGAGACACUGGUGUUAAAGUGGCAUCAAAUUGCACUAAUUCUACAGUAUAGAUCAGGCAUGGGCAAACUUCGGCCCUCCAGGUGUUUUGGACUGCCACUUCCACAAUUCCUAACAGCCUUGGCUGUUAGGAAUUGUGGGAGUUGAAGUCCAAAACACCUGGAGGGCCGAAGUUUGCCCAUGCCUGUUAUAGAUACUAUCUUUUUUUGUAAACAGCAAGUCAUUUAUCUCUCAUAUGCUUUCCCGUAGCUGUAUUUAGUUUAGGAAUCUUUGUUUUCUCCUUGAUGCAUCUUUUCUGUCUAAACCAAUGAAUUAAAAAAUAUCAACACUG